AUGACUAGCGUAGGAAACCAUCCAAACACUGAAGAAAGACGACUUUUCAGCUAUGAAGAUCAUGUCAGUUAUGGAAAUGACGCAUUAAGUCAUCCAACGCUUAUUCCCUUUUUUUACUUUUACUUUUCACAUGACAACCAAGUCACAGUGAACGGUCAUGCAGACGACGCGUGUGAUGUGGGAGGAAAGAAGGUGAUCGCCGAGGUUCGAGAGGAAAAUUGCGUCGCUUUGACCUCUCAUGCGCUUGACAAGGAUUUCGCUCCUAAAAAAGAUAAGAAAAUUGAAGGGGAUCCUGAAGCAUACGAUAGGCCUCUUGAAACAUACACAACAUUUGUUGAAGAGGACGCUGAAGCAGUCGAUGUGCCGCUUGAGGAAGACACAGAACAUGUCGAAGAAGUCGAUUGCAUCGAAGAAGUGGAGGAAAACGGCAUGUCGAAUGGCCAAGACCCCGAAGACGCCCACAAAUUAGAAGACGGCCAAGAAGAGACUGGUUGUGCUGAAAAUGAAGUUGUGGAAUUGAAUGUGACAUCACACGAGGAAUCGAAUGAAUUGGUGGUGAACAGCGAACCACUUUCCAAUGCAAUUGAAGAGGCCAUUGAAGAAGUGGAAAACGAUGUCCACUGUGCUGAAACGUUGUGUUCGGGUGAGUCGAUCAGUCACAUUCGAUAG